UCGCGCACAUGCAAGGAAGGGGGAACAGGGGAACUGAAUUCACCGGAACACCGACAGAGGGCAGAAAUAUACCUCCUCGUCUCAAAGUCACUGCCAAGAAAUGUAGCUACAAAGGGACAACGACAAAGUUGCUGAAUGAAUCCUAACAAAAGCUAAGCUCAAGGUGGAGGAAAGCAAUGCAGAGUUUGUUGGUACAAGCCUUGACUCUUAGGCAGUUAGGGAGACUAACUCCUCGCCAGCUUCUAACUCCGGGACACGGACUACACUGGACAGAAUGGUGCCCAAGGACCAUACACUCCCGCCAGGUGCUGGGUGCCACACAUUUACUGUCUCAUAGAACUCACAAACUUCUCAUUCGUAAAUUCCCAGAAUUAAGAUGGUCUGUUCAACACGCAAGGUUCAAAAGCAAGAAAAAAGGAGCUCCAAGGGCAACACAGAAAGAGGAUGAGGAGGAAGACGACUAUUCUGUGGACAGUGACAAUGAAGAUGAACCGGAGGAUGAUCCCAGUUUACCCAAGGACUACAAAGACUUGGAGAAAUUUGUGCAGUCCUUUCGUUAUGAUCUCAUUAUGAAAGCUGGACUUGACAUAGCACGCAACAAACUGGAAGAUGCCUUCUACAGCGACAAGCUUAGGUUGAAUGGACAGAAACUCAUAAAGAAAAGUAAAUUGGUGAAAGUUGGGGACACUUUGGACCUUAUUUUGUCUGAGAAUCAUGAGGCUGACACCAUUACUCUCAUGAGAGUGAUUCUUAAGAAGAUGCUGGGUGAAUCCAAGGAUGGGGACAAGUACAAAGUUGUUCUGAGGCGCUGGAAAAACAUAGAACUCUCAAAGCAGGAUGCCUUCAAGCAGUGACUUGCCAACAAACAGCAGUCUAUACCAAUACCUGUUGCCAUUGACAACAGCACACCUUUAAGCAGCAGCAUAGUUUGUCAUGUCACCAUGUGUGGUUUAUCAUAACCGAUUUGAGAGAAGUUCAAUCAGACAGAAUUACAGAAAGUGUAAUUAGGUUACAUAUUACUGUAUUAACUGUAUUAAAGGAUAGGUGUUUUUUAAAUGGUGAAA